CUCUGUGGCCGAGGUAGAGCACCUCCCCUGUCCUCUCCCUCCUCCCCUCCCACCACUGCCCCCCAGUCAUUCCUCAGCCUCCUAACCUCCAGUCACUCCAGUCGCAUCAGCCCAAGACAGCCACCACCAAUGUGGGAGCCCCAGCAGCCCUCUGUCAGGAUGGUCACCCGACUACUACUGCUAACCUCCGCACUCCUCUCCACCUGUCAAGCGGCGGAAUCGCCGGCAUUGUUCACAAGUGUCACCCUGACUCUCGAGCCCAGCAACGCCGUCUCCCAGGGUACCAACGUGACGGUACGCUGCCAGGCCUUGGUCAGCAGCUCUGGGUUCCUGAACCGUAAAUACACCAUCUACAAGGACAACACCGUGGUGUACACGGAGAGCAUCACCACCGCAGAGGACCUCAUCUACUCUCUGCGCAUGGCCAGAGUGGCCAACACUGGGAAGUACAAAUGCAAGGUGAACAUACCGGGCAAGGAGCUAAGCAGCAGCUCUGAGAAACUGACUGUGACAGGCCUGCAGACGCCAGUCCUCAGCGUCGACAAGCGCGUGUUCAGCGAGGGAGAGGAGGUGACCGUUGGGUGUAAGGCCCCUGGGGAGUCCGGCGCUAUCGUCUUCUACUUCUACAAGGACUCCAAGGAACUCUACGAGGAGAGGGUCGAUGCCAACCAUGUGGAGACUAGGCUGCGAUUCAACAACGCUGGUGACCACAGGCUACACUGUGACUACAGGGUCAUACUGCUGACAGACUCGGUCCCGUCCAAUGCCAGCAACAAUGUGGUGGUCACUGUAAAAGAGCUGUUCAUCACACCUGUAAUCUCUGUCCGACCACACGGAUCAAUGAUCAUCGAAGGGGACAAUCUGGACAUCUCCUGCAGUGUCAGUGGUAACCUCCAGAACAGCUCUGGGCUCAAAGUCUUCCUGUCCAAGGGACCGACUCUGCUGAGUUCUGGUCAAAGUAAAGCCAACCACAGCAUGAGAGCCCUGGCCGAGCACUCUGGGGAGUUUCAGUGCUCUCUGGAGGUGGGAAAUGUAGUCAAGCGAGCGACGGAAAACGUGAGGAUUACAGAACUGUUUUCCCAGCCAGUUCUGACCAUGUAUCCGACAGAGGUCUUUGAAAGGGAGAAAAUCACGUUAACCUGCAAGAGUACCAACUACUCCUCUGACAGAAUCAGCGCUUCGGAUGUGAAAUACUCCAUUUACAAGGACAAUUACACACUGACGCCAGGCAGCUUCAAUGGGAUAUACGUUGUCCCCGGGGUGGUACCGAACUCGAGUGGGAUUUAUUCAUGUAAAGCAGAUGCCAGGAUGAUCUCCAAGUACAGUGCAAAGCUGCCUGUCCAGGCAAAAGUUCUUGUCAGUAAACCGGAGAUCACGGCCAUUGGCAGGGUGAUCGUGGGAAAGCCCUUCCAGGUGCGCUGUCACUCAGACCGAGGCAGCCUACCCAUCGAGUACACCUUGUGGAAGAAGUAUUCUGAGGUUAACUCGACCACCGUGCAGCAGCCGCACCAUCAGGCCAUCUUCCCUGUCACCGUCCAGCACUACAGCGACAUGCAGGACUAUAAAUGCGAGGCGCGGAAUAACCCCAAAAUCGACACGGUGGUCAGCAACAAACUCAACACCACAGUCAUAGUGCCUCUGUCCAAUCCAGGACUCAGCGUCGUCCCAGACCUGUUGGAGGUCACAGAGGGAAAUGAGAUGUACCUGAUUUGUGGGGUGGAAGGUUCCCCGCCCGUCACCUUUAAGUGGUACCGACGUGGGAACGUCCAGCCGCUGUGCACCACCACCUCAACCCAAUCCAGCGCGUCCCACCAUAUCAAGGGAGUGGGGAACGAGCACAGUGGCACCUACUACUGCGAGGCUAUCAACUACGCUAACAUGGUCCGGAGUCAGCCAGUCACCGUAGAUGUGAAAAUGGCAACGUGGAAGAAAGGUUUGAUCGUGGCCUGCUGUCUGCUAGUGGUGGCUCUCCUAGCCCUCGCCUGCGUGCUGCGCUACAAUUCCAAGAGAGGUAAAAGAGAGAACGCAGCUGAACUGUCAGUAAAGCCUUCGAGCCCUAAAUCAGAUGACUCUCUAACAGUGAGUCUUACCCACAGCACUAUGGAGGUUUAUAACCCGCCCGAAGUUGGAGUGGAUGCUGCUGUAAGUGUCUGGAGCGAGAGGCCGGUAGACCCAGGCAGUGACGGGGAGAGCAGUGCAGCGUCUAAUAAUGAGCCUGAUGUGGAGUACACUGAAGUGGUACACCGUCAACCAGUGGACCCUGCCAGAGCUCCCCUGAGAAAAGGCACAGAAACGGUGUACAGUGAAGUCCAGAACUCCCCAACAGGUGCACCUGGUGACCAUUAUGACUAUCAGGGUUCAGUGGAGUACGCCGAUCUCAACGGUGACCAACCGGAGGUCAACCAUGCCCUGCUGGAGGUCAAUCACCAGGACCACCAUGACCUCCCAGUGCCUGUGGAGUAAAGGUUACCUCUGAUCCCUCGCGGCCCCUCAUACUAGAACCACAAACAAAAUUAUCCCCACCUCUGCCCCCCGACAGUAACCACAGUCCUUAUUUCAAUAUUCUUCUUGUAUUCUGUACAUUUUCCCAACUAGGAAAGUUGACUCAUGUACGCUGUAGGUAUUUUUGCAUAAUUUUAUAGCCAAAUAAAAUCACAAAUCCUAAUUAGGACUUAGUUCUGUCAUACCUUGUAGACUCUUAUCUUUGUUUACUUUCACGUCACGUCUCAUGACCAUAGAGGGUGCUCCAGAGUUCAGUGAGCCUGGCCCCUCCCCACAGUUCCCUUUGAUGUCCUAAAUGGACAGCAUGACCGUUCCGCUCUCUGUCGUGAUGGCAAAAAAAAAAAUCCCCCUUUUAGACUUCCGUUGCAGUGUGAGUGGACUGAUAACCUCCCUACUGUCACUAGACUGGGUCCACACCCAAACCAGGGCACACUCCAGUAGGGCCAUCCCUGAAUCACACUAUGGAAAUAACUAUGGGAGAGAAAAAAAAGUGAAUGUAAACAGAGGACCUGCCCGUCUCCAGCUGCUCAUCCUGAUGGUAUAUGGUGUCUGUGAUGUCACAUCCUGCCAGGCUGUGUCCAAGUCUGUCGAAAGUUGGCGGGAGACAAGUGUCAGGCUUGAAGUGACUCAGACAUGCAGUGUUGCACAUCGUUUUAAAUGACCUUCUUACUGCAGUUACUGUUUUUGUAAGAACACACACAAAAUGAUCCAAGUAAAGUUAAGGUAAUGUUAAAAAAAAAGUUUUAAAUAUCUAUCUUUCUAAACUUUUGAGUAUCGUAUAUUAAGUUAUUACGGUGUGUUAAGCAAUACGUUAUAUCAAUAGACAAUGGUUACAAUCGUCCUGUAAAUUACAACGCCAUUGUAACCAAGGCAGUUCCUAGGCCAUCGUUGAAAAUAAGAAUUUGUUCUGCUGCCUUGUACUUCACACAGACAUUCGCUUUGGGGAGUUAUUGGUGUGUGGAUUCCGCCAUCUUGUGACUAAAAGUCGUAUGUGUCAGAUAGUUUCUAAUCAUAAGAGCCCAUAUCUCCAGUUCUCAACGUAGUAGUGCUGAUCUAGGGUGUCCAUAAUGUUAUUCUUUAUGAUUCAAAAAGGUCAAACUGAUCCUAGAUCAGCCAGCACCCCUACUCUGAGACCCGUUUUAAAUACAGUCCCAGAUUCUGUUUUUGUUUUAUUUUCGAGACGAGACUCCUAUUCUAAUCCUAUAAAAAACGCUUAAAGUAACCCUAAAAAGGUACAAAAUGCAAAUAGGUUGGUGGUUUUUGUGAAACUAUAAUAAAUGUAGGCCUAUGUCAUCUUAAACUCAGAGCACCUGCAGAGUAACUCUGUCUUAGAAACAGAUAAACACCAUUUUCACACCUUAAAAACACGUUCAUACAACUGGGACAUCUUUGCAGCCCUCCUCCCCGCUGAGUGUUGCUUCCUCGAGUACGGUGCACAAUGUCUUUCCUGCGUUGUUUACGAACAUGUCAGCUAACACCGAGACACUCUCGUAAUCAUGUCUCGUAGUCUUGACAACAGGACCUCACAUCAAUUAUCUAUCUAAAUUGCAAUUUCCUCUCUUUGAUAACCUCAAGGCCAUUGGGAAACUGCAAUGGCAGCAUUGGCAUGGCAACCACAAAUUAAACUCUCUUCGUUCUAAGGCCAUUUACAUAAUGUCCUCAUCGUGGUCAGAAGCCUGUUAAAGACUAAUUAAAGGACAUUACCAGAAUGGCCAUAACAUCGCUUGAGUGCUUCGAUAGUUGACCUGUGUUAAUGGAAUCAUGACGCUGCGAUUUUUGGAUGAAUACAUUUGGUUCAUUUGUGAGCACCGUUUUUCACAUCUAAAUGGGACGUAGAACAAUGUGUUUUGCUGGGUCAGACGAGAUGAGAGUGUAGCCUAUAACAUGAUAAUAUAACUGUUACGUAGCCAAAGAUCAUUGUUUUAUAGCUCAAACAUAUAGCAUCAUUGACCUAAUGACAUGACAGGGUACAGUUACAGUGCUCGAACACCCUUCUAUUUGCAUAUCAUUUGCAUAUUGACUUAUAGAUCAAAAUGAAAUACGCUAAUACUGGCGUGUGGUGAAUGGGCGUGGAGAGAAACCUUGUAUAUUUGUUUUGUCUAUCUGUCAUUACAGAGUAGCCUACUUAGUGCUUACCGUGUUUUUGCAUUAGUAGAUUGGGACUGACUGUGCGAACAGGGAGGGAAAAUAAUUAACUCCAAUGACCGUAGUUGAGAUGAUGUGGACAAACCAAGUGUGAGCCGAGCAACUGUCAAAUCAGUUUGUCAGCCAGUCAGUCGCGUGACAGAUUAGAUGACCGUGAGAAGAGCUGGCGCCCUUUAAUGCGCUGUCAGUCAUGACACCUACUGGUGUUUGCACAUAAGCAGAAAAGUUGUGAAUUUGAGUUGCGCCGGUCUUCGUUUGGAAGGAAAACACAUCUAUGUGAACAGCAUUAUGGUGCCAAACAUUUUAAGAAUUCUAUUAUCUAAAAUGAAGCAAGGGAAUGCAAUUAAUCGGCCUAUCGUGCGCUGUAACUAAUAGACAGGUGUGAAUUACCUCUUAGAUCCAUGCACGUUAUUUCUUUGAAAUGUCGGUGAAAAUUAAGUAUUGUCGUCUGGGUUCAAAAUACAAUUGUGGGCAAUAGCAAUGAAUACAAGAUCUAAACAUCGGCUGAAACCUGUCUGAAAGAAGUGCCCUGUCUGCUCUAGCCCAUGGGGCAGUUCAAGAAUACCAGUUUGUCACUGGUAUCCUGGCAGUUAGAUUUGCACGUCCUUAUCUGGUCUAUUUGCAUUUAUUCAGCUCAACUGUUAAAAUGGACUUUGUGUAAGCUUUAUUUGCCCUAAGCCGUCUUUAUUAAAUAUAUACUGAAAAUG